AUGGCUCCCAAAAUCUUCCUCACCGGUGCCACCGGCUAUAUCGGCGGUGAUGCCCUCUACUCCAUAGCUAAAGCCCACCCAGACUACGAAUUAACCCUACUCGUACGAAACGAGGAGCGGGGGAAGCCAGUCGCCGCCGCCUACCCUAAGGCGCGCCUCGUCUACGGCACUUUAGAUGAUGUUGAUGUUAUCGAGAAGGAAGCUGCUGCGGCGGAUAUCGUAGUUCAUACGGCCGAUUCAGCCGACAACGUCCCGUCCGCGACCGCGAUCGCCAAGGGCCUUACGGCGGGGCACACGUCGGAAAAGCCGGGGUACUGGAUCCAUCUCUGCGGGACGGGCAUCCUGACAUGGUACGACGCGGACAACAAGCGCUACGGGCAAGCGCCUCUGCCGGACCAGAAGUAUCACGACAUCGACGACAUCGACCGCAUCGUCUCGUUGCCGGACACCGCGAUCCACCGGAACGUCGACAAGAUCGUGCUCGGCGCCAACUCCCCCGCCGUCAAGACCCUGAUCGUCGGGCCCCCCACCAUCUACGGACAGGGCCGGGGUCCCCUGAACACGCGCAGCAUCCAGGUCCCCAUGCUGAUCGAGUACACGCUGCAGCACGGGUACGCGCCGAUCCAAGCGCCGGGCCUGACCGAGUGGGACAACGUGCACAUCCACGACCUGGGCGACUUCUUCGUGCUGGCCGUGGACGCGGCGCUCGACCCCUCCAAGAACAGCAACCCCGAGAUUUUCGGCCCCAAGGCGUACUUCUUCCUCGAGAGCGGCAUGCACCGGUGGGCCGACGUGUCCCGGGCGAUCGCCCUCGAGGCCGCGAGGCAGAAGCUCAUCCCCGAACCGAUUGCGAAGGAGAUCGAUUUCCCGCACUUCGGGACAAACUCGAAGAGCGUGGCUGCUAGGGCGAGGAAGUAUCUCGGCUGGACGCCUAAGAGUCCGAGCUUACCGGAAACGCUCCCUGAGGCCGUGGCUUUCGAGGCGAAGAAGCUCGGCAAAGCUUAA